CCGGAGAAAACAACACACGACAAGACACGACCAUCUAUCCAGUUAGUGGCUAGUGCGUAAAGAAGAUGGCGACUAAUAAGCUCGCAGCGCUCGUCGUCUUGGUCGCGUUCCUCGCCGGGCCCGCGGCGUGCGAGGGUAUCAACAUUUGCCUCAACUUCAACGGCUGGCUGAAGCCAUCCAUUCUGGACCCGCUGUUCUGUCCUCGCGGCUCCGGCCCUCCGGUCCCUUCUCCCUCGGGGUCAGGGCUCAGCUACGGCUAUUACAACACCAGGUGCCCUACCGCGGAGAAGAUCAUCAAGGAUGCCGUGAAGAAGGCCGUGGAUGAGAACCCCGGCAUUGGCGCGGGGCUCAUCCGUCUCUUCUUCCACGACUGCUUCGUUCGGGGAUGCGAUGCUUCCGUCCUCCUCAACACGACCAACUCCCAGAACAGCGACACGGAGAGGGAAGGCCUUCCCAACAAGGACAGCCUGCGAGGGUUCGAGGUAAUCGACGAGGCCAAGACGGCGAUCGAGGCCGCCUGCAACAAUACAGUCUCAUGCGCAGACAUUGUCGCCUUCGCCGCCCGCGACGCGUCCUACUUCCUCAGCAACGGCAGCAUCAAUAUCCGGAUGCCAGGCGGCCGCUACGACGGGCGCGAGUCCUUCGCCAACGAGACCGACCAGCUGCCCGGGCCCUUCUCCAACGUCGCGCAGCUCCAGGCGAGCUUCGCGGCCAAGGGGCUCACCUCCGACGAGAUGGUCACGCUCUCCGGCGCGCACACCAUCGGCCGCGCCCGCUGCAUGUUCUUCUCCAGCCGCUUCUCUGAGAUGGACCCGGCAUAUGCCGCCAAGCUCAGGGCCGAGUGCAACGGCAACGGCAACACCAACGUGAACCAAGACGAUGUGACCUCCAACGUCCUGGACAAGCAGUACUACCAGAACGUGCUCGACAACAAAGUGUUGUUCACCUCGGACGCCGUGCUCAACUCGACGGUAACGAGAGCGCAGGUGACAGAAAACGCGGACAAGGCCGGAGAGUGGGAGAGGAAGUUCGAGAAAGCCAUGGAGAAAAUGGGGAAAAUCAAAGGCGACCAGCAAGGCCUGGAGAUCAGGAAGGUAUGCUGGAGAGUCAACAACGUUGGCCAGUACUAAUGCGUGGUGACUGGCUGGCUCCAUGGCGGAAUGGCCUGAUGGACGAGAUGUAACUUCGUCUAGCUACUGUCAUUGUUGGUUUUCUCGUACUAAAACUCGGUGUGUGUGUGUGUUAAUAAAGAUACAAGUAUGAAG